CUCUUUCCCAUUUCUACCCAAACCACUUCUCAAUCUCAUUCACUUCAUCAUCAACUUUUCAUAUUCGAUAACUAUCAACUUAUCAUCAUCAUCGAACAAAUUCAAUAUCUUGAUCAAUCAUGUGGCCAACACUUCGAUCUAUCAUCUUUCGUCCUACUUCAGUUGCAAGUAAUCCGAUCCGAUCAACUGCUCGUCAAUUACAUUCCACAACCAAUCCACUUCUAAACCAAGAAAGUUCUCAAUCCAAUACUUCCUCUUCAUUCAACAAUACUACCGCAUCAAAUGCAACAGUUUCACCGGAAGAAAUCAAACAUUUCAAUUCAUUAGCAUCAACUUGGUGGGAUGAAAGUGGAGGGUUUGGUUUAUUACAUCGAAUGAAUCCGAUUCGUACUCAAUUCAUACGUGAAAGAAUCUUAUAUGAUGUGACACCUCAAUCUUCACUUAAAUUAGAAUCACCAUUAAAUCCCAAUCGAUUUCUAUCUGGUCAAAAAGUUUUAGAUGUAGGUUGUGGUGGUGGUAUUUUUUCAGAAGUUUUAAGUAGAUUAGGUGGUGAUGUACUUGGAAUUGAUGCGGCUGCUGCUUCUAUAAAAGUGGCUAGUUCUCAUGCUUCAAAUGAUUCUAAACUUAAUUUUCAACAUGAAGCUCAACUUGAAGAUUUACCAAAUCAAGAAAAUAGACUUAGAUAUCGACAUUGUUCAGUGGAAGACCUUUUAAAAGAAGAUGAUCAACAAGAGCUUUAUGAUGUUGUUUGUGCUAUGGAAGUUAUCGAACAUGUUGAAGAUCCUCACGCUUUCCUAACCGGUCUUGCAAAACUUACCAAGCCAGGAGGUCAUUUAAUUCUAUCAACCAUUUCACGUACACCAUUAGCCAGACUUUUAACGAUUUAUUUAGCAGAAUCCAACUUACCUUUCAUUGGUUUAGUUCCACCUGGAACUCAUACAUAUGAAAAGUUUGUUAAACCAGAAGAAUUAACAGAUUUCUUUAGGAACAGAUUAGGUUGGGCUAAAUCAUUUGAAAGAUCUGAAUUAGAAACUCGUGGUUCAUUUUAUGAACCAUUAACGGGUCAUUGGAAUUUGUUUCCAAGAGAAUUUGUUUUAGGUGAAUUAGUAAAUUAUUUCUUUGGUGUUAAAAAACCACUUAAUUAAAUUUCUAAAUCAUAAGAUUUUGUGUUAUUCCAUGUGAUUUAAAAAUUGUUCUUUUUUCCGUGACUUGAAUGUUUUGCUUUUUUGAUCACAUUUUAUACCUAUAAGCUUCAAGUAGGAUUGCAAAGAGUAAAAGAAAAGAAUAGCUAUCAGAUUAUUUCAAAUCAUGUAAUGUAUAGCUGUUAUCAAUUUGUAAGACUUCUGUUUAAACAACAAAUAUUAUCAAUCCAAUAUUUACAGGUAUUAAGAUCUAUGUUGAGAUCUAGAAUGAAAAAGGAGAUUUGAAGAAUGAAAAGAAGAUGAGCAAAGAUUUAUCUUCUAGUCCUAUCUCUUGAGUUGGUCAAGUUGCGAUCAUCUUCAAUUGAUCGUGAUCGAUGUCGACGAGGACGAUGAAACGAAUCUGGACUAGGACUGCGAUGAUGAUAUUGAUGACGAGAUGUAGAGAUUGAUGGACUCUUUGAUCUUGAUCUUGAUCGAUACUCCUCUCGUCUCUUUCCUUUAUCAUAUCGAUUUGAAGAAUCACGUUCUCUUUCGAAACUCCUCGAUCGUUCUCGUCUACGAGAUCCAAUUCUUGAAUCCCUAAUUGGUUCAUGAUCAUAAUCUUCUCGACGUCUAAUCGGUGAUCUAGAAUGACGUAAAUGAGAUUUAGAAGUAGAAUGUCUUUCAUGUUUGAUGGCACGUUUUUCUGCUCUUGCUAAUUUUCUUGCUAACUUUUCGGCUUUCUCUUUGGCUCUUUUUUCCUUUUCUUGACGUUUUUCUUCUUCAUUUGUUUCUUUUUUUCGAUCUCCUAAUUCGGUUGUAUUUGAAGAACUAGCUAUCUGCGCCCUUGGUGUGGGUUUAAAACCUAAUGCUAAACUUAAUGCAUCUUCUUCAGCCAAUUUAAUCGCUUUAAUUUCUUCUUCUUUUCUUUUUCUUUUUUCUUCAAUUUGAUCUUCUUCUGAUUUGAUUCCUUGAUUUUGUUUAUCAUUAUUAUACCAAGUGAUAUCUCUAUUUUUUUGCCAUCUACCUACCGGUGCUAAAAUUGAAUGACCCAAAUAAUUUUCUCGAUCUUUAUCAUCUGCUACAUCUGUCCAUUUAAAAUCUCCUUGUCCUCCACGUGUUCCUCCUCUGAUGGGACCUGAAAACAUGAUAAGUUUGAUUUGAUUUAAUUUGAUUUGUAAUUCAACUU